CUUAAUAUUUUAUUUUGGUGUAGGAUUCGCUCAUAACUUAAAACUAUUGGUUUAGGAGUCUGGGAGAUAUAAAAAAAAUAGAAAAAAAGUCAAGCCCAUUAUAGACUAGACUGAGAUCCAAGGCUUUUCCAAGACCUCUUAAAACUUCUAAGUGGAUCAAGCGUAAGAUAGGUAUAGUACAGUAACAUUCCACCUGCUUACCUGGCAGCCCGCCUCAUCCGUCUCGUCUAUCUCGCGGUGUCGCAUAUGAGAGAACGUGCUGCGAUCCGGAGGAUGACUACCUAGCUAGACCCGGUCGGUAUGCUACCUCCAUCCUUUCUCUUGCCACUCUCGCUUAUCAGUACGACCGUCUACCUUCUACCACCAACCCGACAAGAGGGCAUUGCGGAUUUCCGAGCGUGAUCUAGGAAUUUCCAGAUGCUUGCCACUAUUCGGAAUCGCGGCAUCGUGUCGUUUUUCCUAGGCUUCCUUCUGUGUUACGCCAUAACCGUCGUUUACUUGCGGUCUAAGUGUUAUCGUGACCCGUCUUCGGUCUUUUUCAGGCCUGAAUCCGCUCGCGUUUUGACGUAUUCUUCUUUCCGCAAGGCGCAAGCUCAUAAAUUCAGUAAUCUAGCAACCUCGCGUGCGGUGACUAGGUGGGCUAACUCGACCAACCCCGAUCUGUGUGUUGGCAUCGCCUCUGUAAGUCGACAUGGGUUCUCUUAUCUUAAAGAAACCCUCGGAUCCAUACUUGAAGGUUUAGAUGACUUCGAGCGCCAGCGCAUCUUUCUUGUCGUCUUCCUCGCCCAUACCAACCAAUCCGAGCACGAAGACUUCCGCCAACCAUGGCUCCUCAAUAUGGCUGACAGCCUCCCGACCUACCCCAGCGAGUCUAACACCAUCGAUAUCGUGCGCCAACUUGAGAUCGACGGAAAUUACGAGGCUCAUGCUCGAAAACAAAAGAUCGACUAUUCCGUCCUACUAGACGAAUGCGCCAAGGUCAACCCUAGCUAUACUAUGACCUUGGAGGACGAUGUGAUCGCUUUAGAUGGAUGGUAUCACCGCGCUCUCGGCGCCCUGGCGAUUGCCUCGAGGAAAACUCGAGAGCUUGGACGAGAUAGUUUUCUCUACUUACGCGUCUUCUAUGACGGUCGACUCCUCGGUUGGAACAGCGAAGAAUGGCCACUUUAUGUCGAAUCGAGCGUAGCAGUCUUAAUUGUCGAAGUUUCGAUAAUGGUAGCCUUUCGCUGGCUCUUCGCCGUGCCACGAAAGGUUCUUACGACUUCGGUCAUAUUUGUCCUCUGCGGGGUGUGCACGCCCAUGCUGAUCGGUCUGUUUUUCGCUGCCGGCCGCAACUGCAUGAUGCCAAAAGCUCCCGGUAUCCAUCUAAUGCACCAAUAUGGCUGCUGCGCGCAGGGACUCGUAUUUCCGCAACGCCAGGUUAUCGAUCACCUGCUUCCAUUAUACCGCGAUACACAAGAUAACCAUGCCGCCGUCGAUACGUUUCUCGAAGACUGGGCCAACAACCACGACGGUCUGCGAUGGGCGGUCACCCCAGUCCUCAUACAGCAUGUAGGCGGCAAGAGUUCCCAUGGUGCGGGAGACCAGGAGUCAGGGUCGCUCACAGACGACAUGCCGUUUGACUAUUUUUUCGAGAUGAACGACCCAAUCAAGCUUGCCAAGGAGCACGGGGCGUGGAUUGCGGAGGUCACAGAACAGGCAAGAAAGGAUACGACAUAUUAAUAAAUAAAUGCAAAUCCCCGUCUAGUCUAGCUCAAGCUAGUUCGGAUCGCGACCGAACAAUGUCACCUCCGUUCGACCCACAGUUCUCUAGCAAACAGAAGACGUCGCACUUGUAGCUGUAUAACUACCUACCUACCUACCUACCUACCUACCUACCUACC